AGAGAGACUGAGUCACCAUCACAGCCCGAGAGGCUCGGUGAGACAUCUGCGUUUCCAGAGGGGAGAUCUCAACGUACGGGAAGAUGAGAGCAGCGACUUAGCGACAGGCGACAAACAUCUGCUUCAGAUGUUUCGGAGGCAACGUGGGAGAGAGAGAGAGCGAGAGAGAGAGAGAGAGCACUUCCCUCAAGCAGGAGUAUGACAUGCCAUUAGCGCAGCUGUCUGGGCAUCUUGUGACUCUUUUUCUUUUUCGCCCAAGAGGAGAAGAAGGCAGCAGUGAAUGACGGGCAGGAAGCCGCUGUUUUCCCUCUCUCCCCCCCAGCGGCGACGGCUUUCUCAAGAAGAACUGAGUCGAGAAGACAACUUGUAAAUAAGAGCCGAGAGAACAGGGCACACAGCCUGACGGAAAGUAAUUAUCUGUUUCACUCUUGAGUUCCUCCAAGUACGGCCAGUGGGGUUUGUGGACUCUAUUCUUGAGACAGCUCUCACACACACACACACACACACACCGCGUGGAGGAAGGCCGGCAUGGAUGUCGGUUUCUGUCUGCGCUCGGAGGCGGCGGGAGCCAUGAGGACGGCGAUGAUGUCCGCCGAGAACUUACAGCUCACUCUGAAGACUGAGCCGAGUCAGGAAGAGCGGGCCCUCACGCGCACCAAGAGGGGCCCCGAGGAGACUCACAAAGACGGGAAUGAAGACCUCAAAGAGAUGCUGGAGAGCAACAAGGAGUCGCUCAAACUGGAGGCCAUGAAGAGGGUGGUCGGGCUGAUCGCCAAAGGGAAGAAUGCGUCCGAGCUGUUUCCUGCUGUAGUGAAGAACGUGGCGAGUAAGAACAUCGAGCUGAAGAAGCUGGUGUACGUGUACCUGGUGAGGUACGCAGAGGAGCAGCAAGACCUGGCGUUGCUGUCCAUCAGCACCUUCCAGCGGGCCCUCAAGGAGCCCAACCAGUUCAUCCGGGCCAGCGCACUGAGGGUCCUGUCCAGCAUCCGGGUGCCCAUCAUCGUCCCCAUCAUGAUGCUGGCCAUCAAGGAGGCGGCGGCCGACAUGUCGCCGUACGUCAGGAAGACGUCGGCCCACGCCAUCCAGAAGCUCUACAGCCUGGAUCCCGACCAGAAGGAGCAGCUGAUCGAAGUGAUAGAGAAACUCCUGAAAGACAAAAGCACGCUGGUGGCCGGCAGCGUGGUGGUGGCCUUCGAGGAGGUGUGUCCCGAUCGCAUCGACCUGAUCCACAAGAACUACCGGAAGCUGUGCAACCUGCUGGUGGACGUGGAGGAGUGGGGCCAGGUGGUCAUCAUCUCCAUGCUGACCCGCUACGCCAGGACGCAGUUCACCAGCCCCUGGAAGGAGGGCGCCUCGUUCGACGAGAACAACGAGAAGGAGUUCUACGCCUCCGACUCGGAGGAGAAGAGCGCGCGGACGGAGGCGGAGGCCUACGUCAUGGAUCCGGACCACCGGCUGCUGCUCAGGAACACGAAGCCUCUGCUGCAGAGCAGGAACACGGCCGUGGUGAUGUCUGUCGCUCAGCUCUACUGGCAUUUGGCUCCGAGGCACGAAGUCCACCUCGUCACCAAGUCACUGGUCCGACUGCUCCGGAGCCACAGGGAGGUGCAGUACAUCGUGCUCCAGAACAUCGCCACCAUGUCCAUUCAGAGGAAGGGGAUAUUUGAGCCCUACAUGAAGAGUUUCUACGUGAGAUCUACGGACGCUACGCACAUCAAGACGCUGAAGCUGGAGAUCCUGACCAACCUGGCCAAUGAAGCCAACAUCUCCACCAUCCUGAGGGAGUUUCAGACUUACGUGAAGAGCCAGGACAAGGCGUUCGCCGCGGCCACCAUUCAGGCCAUCGGCCGCUGCGCCACCAACAUCUCCGAGGUGACGGACACGUGCCUCAACGGCCUGGUGCUGCUGCUGUCCAACAGAGACGAGACGGUGGUGGCAGAGAGCGUGGUGGUGAUCAAGAAGCUGCUGCAGACUCAGCCCACCCAGCACAGCGAGAUCAUCAAGCACAUGGCCAAGCUGUUUGACAACAUCACCGUGUCCAUGGCCCGGGCCAGCAUCCUGUGGCUGAUGGGCGAGUACUGCGACAGGGUCCCGAAGAUUGCACCCGACGUACUGCGCAAGAUGGCCAAGUCCUUCACGGCAGAGGAGGACAUCGUCAAGCUGCAGACGGUCAACCUGGCGGCCAAACUCUACCUGACCAACUCCAAGCAGACUAAGCUGCUGACCCAGUACAUCCUGAACCUCGGCAAAUACGACCAGAGCUACGACAUCAGAGACCGAACCCGCUUCAUCAGGCAGCUCAUCGUGCCCAACGAGAAGAGCGGCGCCCUCAACAAGUACGCACGCCGCAUCCUGCUGGCCCCCAAGCCGGCCCCCGUGCUGGAGUCCGCCUUCAAAGACCGGGACCGCUACCAGCUGGGCACGCUCUCCCACAGCCUCAACAGCAAAGCCAGCGGGUACCAGGAGCUCUCCGACUGGCCGGCCAUUGCUCCCGACCAGUCCGUGAGGAACGUGGAGGUCAUUGAGCCAGUGCAAGAGUGGGCGCCGUCAGUCGGAAAGACCAAGAAACCCAAAUCCGAUGACAAGUUUUACUCUGACAACGAAGAGGAGAAAGCAGAGGAAGAGUCUGCGAGCAGUGAGGGAAGCAGCAGCAGCAGCAGCGAAGAGUCGAGCAGUGAGAGCGAGGAGCAAAGCAGCGAGGAAUCGGACGAGACCUCCAGCGACUCUGGAAAGAGCUCCAGUGGAUCCGAGGAGAGCUCCAGCGGAUCAGAAUCCCAACGGAAGAAGAAGAAGAAGACGACCAAGAAGGCGCCGCAGAAGAAAAGCAAGACGGCCGCUGCUUCCAGUGACUCGGAUGAAAACGGAAACGGACCCGUAGCCAAAGACAGCAGCUCGUCAGAUGAAAGCUCCUCCGGCUCUGAGGACGACUCCGACUCGGACGCCGCCCCCACGACGGGGCAGAAGAAGAAGAGCGACGCAAAGUCCCGCCCUAAGGUGGAAGUGAAGUCCAAGGUGGAAGUUUCCUUACUGGAUCUAGUUGACUUUUCUCCUGCACCCACAAACGCACCCGCGGGUCCGGUCCUCUCCCGGUCCCUUCUGUCCGACCUGGAGGGCCUGUCCCUGUCCAACACCUCCUCCACCAUGCAGGUCACCGCUCCGUCCUUUGGGCCCGUGAAGACCUACGAGCUGCUUCACCACAUGACCGGAAAAGGUCUGUCCGCCAAGUACCACUUCCCCAGGCAGCCGUGUCUGCACCAGCCCGGCAUGGUGGCCGUCCAGGUCACGCUGAGCAACGGCUCGGACCGCAGCCUGGAGGAGAUCCACGUGGGGGACCGCAGCCCGGCGAGCCCCAGCAUGCACUGCUUCAACACCAUCGAGCGCCUGGAACCGGAGGCCUCGGUGACGGUUUCCAUGGGUAUUGACUUCAGCGACUCGACACAAGCGGCCAACUUCCAGCUGUGCACCAAGGAGGACGGCUUCAGCGUGUCCAUCCAGCCGGCGGUGGGCGAGCUGCUGAUGCCGAGCAGCUUGAGCGAGCAGGACUUCAGUCGGGAGCAAGGUAAGCUCCUGGGCAUGAACGAGACCUCGGCAACCGUCACCAUGGCAACAGCAAGCUCCUCCAGCCAGGCCGUCAAGCAGAGGGUCCUGUCGGUGGCCAACGUGGGAGUGGUUCCCUCCGGCCAGGAUGGCUCCCACAGGUGAAUCUUCAUGUUCUUAUUAUGAUUCAUACUAUUAUAUUUAUUUAUUGCUUAUUUCCCCACACUACAAUUAAUUUGAUCAUGUUUUCAUGUUCGCCAAUUGAUGCUCUGAAGUCGCUGUGACCUUAAAGUCUCUCAUUUCACACAGAAACGACCAAUAAGGUGAGCUGAUGGUCGGUGGAUCAUGGGGUGCUAAUCCUCGCUUCUU